CAUUCUCGCUGCUCUUUCCCCCGGAAACAGAGGAAAAAUGGCGCGAAGGGCUCUCAGUCUGUCGGGAACUUUUCCUGCCCUUCGCGUACUACUCCUCCUCCUCACCCUCCUCCUCCCCUGUCUCCGGCAAGCCACCGCCGGCCGCCACAACUACUUCGACGCCCUCCACAAGAGCAUCCUCUUCUUCGAGGGCCAGCGCUCCGGCAAGCUCCCCCCCGACCAGCGCGUCAGGUGGCGCCGCGAUUCUGCCUUGCACGACGGCUCCUCCGCCGGAGUGGACCUGACCGGGGGAUACUACGAUGCCGGGGACAACGUGAAGUUCGGGUUCCCGAUGGCCUUCACGACAACCCUGCUGUCGUGGAGCGUUAUAGACUUCGGGCGGAAGAUGGGGCCGGAGCUGAGGAAUGCGGUGAAAGCCGUCAGGUGGGCGACUGACUACCUGCUAAAGGCAACGGCGGUGGAGGGCGUGGUGUACGUGCAGGUGGGAGAUCCCUACUCGGACCACAACUGCUGGGAGAGGCCCGAGGACAUGGACACGCUGAGGACGGUAUACCGGAUUGACAGGGACCACCCAGGGUCCGACGUGGCAGGGGAGACCGCAGCCGCUCUGGCAGCAGCCUCUAUUGUGUUCCGGUCACGUGACCCGGCGUACUCGAGACUUCUGCUCCAACGGGCCAUUUCGGUGUUCGAGUUUGCUGACAGGUACCGGGGCGCGUACAGCUCCAGCCUCCGCAGAGCGGCUUGCCCAUUUUACUGUGACGUUAACGGUUACCAGGAUGAGUUGUUGUGGGGAGCGGCGUGGUUGCACAAGGCAUCGAGGAGGCGGGAGUACAGAGAGUACAUAAUGCGGAACGAGAUCUCGUUGCACGCCGGGGAUACCAUUAAUGAGUUCGGGUGGGAUAACAAACAUGCCGGCAUCAAUGUCCUCAUUUCCAAGGAGGUGUUGAUGGGGAGAGCAGGCUACUUCCGGUCGUUCAAGAAUAACGCAGAUGCGUUCAUCUGCUCUGUUCUGCCCGGAAUUUCGCGUACUCAGGUUCAAUACUCUCCAGGUGGGCUGAUAUUCAAGGCGGGAGGGAGCAACAUGCAGCACGUGACAUCACUGUCGUUCCUGCUGUUGGCUUACUCCAAUUACCUCAGCCGCGCCAGAAAGGUUGUCUCUUGCGGCGGUGUCACCGCCUCCCCUGCCCUCCUCCGCCACUUAGCCAAGCGCCAAGUUGACUACAUUCUUGGAGAUAAUCCAUUGGGAAUGUCCUACAUGGUCGGAUAUGGCGCACGCUACCCCCUGAGGAUCCACCACAGGGCAAGCUCGCUGCCAUCGGUACAUGCCCACCCGACCCACAUCGGGUGUAAGGCUGGGUCCAAGUACUUCCUCAGCCCAAACCCAAACCCAAACUUGCUCGUAGGAGCUGUGGUUGGCGGACCUAAUGUGACGGAUGCCUUCCCCGACUCGAGGCCCUUCUUCCAGGAGUCCGAGCCCACUACCUACAUCAAUGCCCCUCUCAUCGGCCUCCUCGGGUACUUCUCAGCUCAAGCCUGAUUCGACCAAAGCAUACCCAUGGAGGCAACACACUGUUAUGCUGAGUGGUGCGCGAAGGUGUCACCCUGGCCUGUCGUUGUCCUUGUUACAUUAUCAAAUUGUUCCUAGUUCUUGCAGCAUGUAAUCUCAACCUUUGAUUUGUUGUUCCACUAAUCGGGAAUAUCCAUCCUAUAUAAGUUUGUUUAAGAUUUUCAUUACUUGUGUAAAACGUACUUUUUAAGUCCCCGCAUAUAUAGAAUGUCAAAUGUAAUUGUUCGUGACA